CCUGCACCUCCAGAAAGGGGCCUUGAUAUCAGGGUGUCAGUCUAUGGCGUGGCCGCAGCGGUUCUGGCAUCUCGAAAAGGAUAUCAAAGAUCUGGAAAAGGGACAGAAAAGAAUUUUGGGCUCAGUCUAGCCGCGCUUUCGUCUUCUUACGGAGGACUUUGGAGCUUCGCCCGCCAGUCGUGGCAUUCCAAAAAAAAGAGAACUUUGUGGUGCUAGAAGACAGAGAUCCUCCUGCCUUCACAGCCCCAGAGCCAAGAUGGAAAAGAAAAACUCAGCUGGGUCGGAAGCAGAACGAGGCCUUGAGGACAUACAGGCAAGGAUCAGUGGGGAAUUCUGGGGAAAGUCUGUGCAAAAUAUUCUGGAUGAAGAUGCUACCAGCUCAGUACCAGAGGUACAUCACUUCAGGCACUUCUGUUAUCAGGAGGCUGAGGGGCCCCGAGAAGUUUGCAGCCGACUUCAUCAUCUUUGCCACCAGUGGCUGAAACCAGAAAGGUGCAACAAGAUGGAGAUCCUGGACCUGGUGGUUCUUGAACAGUUCCUGGCCAUCCUGCCCCCGGAGAUGGAGAGCUGGGUCAGGGAAUGCCAGCCGGAGACCAGUUCCCAGGCGGUGGCCCUGGCAGAAGGCUUCCUCCUGAGCCGAGGAGGGAUAAGUGGGGAAUUCUGGGAAAGGUCCGUGGGAAAUAUUCUGGGUGAAGAUGCCACCAGCUCAGUAGCAGAGGUGCAUCACUUCAGGCACUUCUGCUACCAGGAGGCUGAGGGGCCCCGAGAGGUUUGCAGCCGACUUCACCGUCUUUGCCACCAGUGGCUGAAGCCAGAAAGGCACAGCAAGAAGGAGAUGCUGGACCUGGUGAUCCUA